CCGCCCGGAGCUGAGGGAAGGGCGGCUGAGGGGAAGGCGGAGGAGGCAGGCGGGCUGUCGCCGCCGCUGUCGGUAGCUCGGCGGAGCCCUCCAACUCCAUCCCACCCUACUUCCACCCCUUUCCGUCCCGUCCAAUUCUCUCCCAUUCCUGCUCGCCCGGCCGCCGCCGGGCAGUGCCUGCCGGGGGCCAUGUCGCUCUUCCAGUCUGCCUUGGACUUCCUGGCGGGCCCCGGUUCCCUCGGGGCCGCCAGCCGCGACCAAAAUGAUUUCGUGGGGCAGACGGUGGAGAUGGGCGAUAUGAAGCUGCGCAUCAAGCGGGUCAUCGCCGAGGGGGGUUUUGCUUUUGUCUAUGAAGCUCAAGAUCUUGGAAGUGGCAAAGAUUAUGCUUUGAAGCGAUUGUUGUCUAAUGAAGAGGAAAAGAACAAAGCCAUCAUUCAGGAAGUUUGUUUUAUGAAAAAACUUUCAGGUCAUCCCAACAUUGUCCAGUUUUGCUCUGCAGCUUCUAUAGGAAAAGAAGAAUCAGACACAGGACAAGGAGAGUUUCUUCUGCUUACRGAGCUGUGUAAAGGACAGCUGGUGGAGUUCUUAAAGAAAGUAGAAUCCAAAGGACCUAUCUCUUGUGACACAGUUUUGAAGAUCUUUUAUCAGACCUGCAGAGCAGUGCAGCAUAUGCAUAAGCAGAAGCCUCCUAUUAUCCACAGAGACUUAAAGGUAGAAAACUUGCUUAUUAGUAACCAGGGAACGAUUAAACUUUGUGACUUCGGUAGUGCUACAACUAUAGCUUACUAUCCUGACUACAACUGGUCUGCACAGAAGAGAGCAUUGGUUGAAGAAGAGAUCACAAGGAAUACAACACCAAUGUACAGGACACCAGAAAUGAUAGACCUGUAUUCUAAUUUUCCCAUUGGUGAAAAGCAGGACAUUUGGGCGCUGGGCUGUAUCCUGUACCUGCUGUGCUUUAGACAACACCCAUUUGAAGAUGGAGCUAAACUUCGCAUAGUCAAUGGGAAAUAUGUCAUCCCACAAAAUGACACCCGUUAUUUGGUGUUUCAUGAUCUCAUUCGCUCCACUUUGAAGGUGAACCCAGAGGAGAGGCUGUCAAUCACUGAACUUGUGAACCAGCUACAGGAGAUUGCAGCAGCUAGGAAUGUCAACCCUAAAUCACCUAUCACAGAGCUUCUGGAACAAAAUGGAGGCUAUGGAAACAAUGCUCAGCCUCGGACAUCUGUGACCUCUGUUUCACAGAGCUCCAAGCCUUCAGGGCAGCUCAACAAUUUGUACAAUGCAGGCCUGGCCGUUGCGGAAUGUGACCAGACUUAUGGAGGGUUCUUUGAUAUUCUGAGGGGUGGAACAGAGCGAUUUUUCACUAAUAUUAAGGAUACAUCUUCUAAAGUUAUCCAGUCUGUGGCCAAUUAYGCAAAAGGAGACUUGGAUAUAUCAUACAUCACUUCCAGAAUUGCUGUGAUGUCCUUUCCAGCUGAAGGUGUAGAAUCUGCCAUCAAAAAUAACAUAGAAGAUGUGCGGUUGUGUCUUGACUCUAAACAUCCUGGCCAUUAUGCUGUGUACAAUCUCUCGCCAAGAACAUACAGGCCUUCAAGAUUCCAUAACAGGGUUUCUGAAUGUGGCUGGCCAGCGAGACGAGCGCCAAAUCUUCAGAAUCUCUAUAGCAUAUGCAAGAACAUGCAUUUAUGGCUGAAACAAGACCAGAAAAACGUUUGCAUUGUUCAUUGCCUUGAUGGAAGAGCAGCAUCUGCUGUUGUAGUUUGUUCUUUUCUGUGUUUCUGCCGUCUCUUCACUACUGCUGAAGCUGCUGUUUAUAUGUUCAGUAUGAAACGCUGUCCACCUGGCAUUUGGCCUUCUCAUAAAAGAUACAUUGAAUACAUGUGUGACAUGAUGGCUGAAGAACCCAUUAUUCCUCACAGCAAGCCCAUCCUGGUCAGAUCAAUUGUCAUGACUCCCGUUCCGCUUUUCAGUAAGCAGCGUAAUGGCUGCAGGCCUUUUUGUGAGGUUUAUGUGGGAGAUGAAAGAGUAACCACCACUUCUCAGGAAUAUGACAAAAUGAAGGAGUUUAAAAUUGAAGAUGGGAAAGCAGUAAUUCCACUGGGUAUAACAGUCCAAGGAGAUGUUCUCAUUGUGAUCUAUCAUGCCAGAUCAACUCUAGGAGGACGACUGCAAGCCAAGAUGGCUUCAAUGAAGAUGUUUCAGAUUCAGUUCCAUACAGGUUUUGUGCCCCGAAAUGCCACUACAGUGAAAUUUGCGAAGUAUGAUCUGGAUGCCUGUGACAUUCAAGAAAAGUACCCUGAUUUAUUUCAAGUCAAUCUGGAAGUAGAGGUGGAGCCCAGAGAUAGGCCCAGCUGUGAACAGCCACCUUGGGAUAACAUGAAUAUAAAGGGGCUGAAUCCCAAGAUCCUCUUUUCCACUCGAGAGGAACAACAAGAGAUUUUAUCAAAAUUUGGGAAACCAGAAUUGCCUAGACAGCCAGGUUCAACUGCACAAUAUGAAGCAGAGGCAUCCCAGCUGGAGCAGUCUUCAGAAAGUGUACCUACUGAUACAGAAUCCCCACACAGCAGUAGUACCGAUGCAAAUAACUUCUUUCACUCUCUGGACUGGAAAGAAGGAAAAACUCCAGAAAGUGGAAUAGAGGACAGUUCAUCUAAAAAUGAUCGUAUUCAGCUAUCUGAUGACAGGGAAGAGAGUGAUCCGUCAGAUGAAGAGUUUCCUACAUUUCCAGAUGAAGGAAGUGCGGUAAUUGUUGAUGAAAAAGACUCUACUCCAGAAGGAGAGUUGCUUUUUGAAGCCAGUUUUGAAGCUCCAUCUGCACCGUUACAAAAAUCUGUCCCUGAAGAGAAUGUAGACUUGCUGGGACUAGACUCUGAUAUUUCAGCAGAAAAGAAACAACCUAUCUCAGAAAUAAAUUCUUCACCAAGUAAUGCAGACUUGUUGAACAAUCUGUUCRUGAGUAGUGUGUCACAGGUUUCAGAUGAGCCUGCUGGAGAUCUUCUGGGACAAGGAACUGAUUUAUUUUUCAGCAGUCAGUGUCCAGCUGCUACUCAGGGUACGUCUUCGGCAGCAGUCAUGUCUUCAGCCGAUCCAUUUGACCCAUUCACAAUGUCAAGUUCGGAGAAUCAAGCCCUGUCUGGUCCAGAUCUCUUUGGGGACUUCCUUAGUCCAACUUCAACAUCUACAGCUAAUACAGUUCCUUCCACACAAAGUUCACUUCCACCUUCUUCCAGCUCAGAUUUCUUAAAUUUAGGCGGCCUAACUCCAGAGCCACCUAAAAUAUCAUCUUCUACWAGCCAUCCAGAUCUCUUAAGUGGAUGGGAUUCUUGGGCAGAUUCCUCAACAGCCAGCAGUGUGGCGUCACCACAGCUGAAGCCUAUUUCUGAAGGCCAAGCUUUUACCACUGUCAGCCAGUCCAGUAUGUCUUCAGGUCUGUCUUUCAGCCAGGUGAAAUCUCAGAACUUCGAUCCUUUUGCUGAUCUGGCCAAUCUGGGAUCUGGUCUUCCAGGUUCAUCCACUGGUGGACUCUUGGGUAGUGGAUUUAAUCAGAAGACUGCACCAUCUCAGAAGCCGGGAAAUCAAUGGCAGAAAUCCCACAAACCACAAACAACUCCAUGGCCAUCCCAGACUAAGUCCAGCACAGCACCUAAGCCCAACUACACAGUGAACUUGAGUGUUAUCGGAGGACGAGAAGAAAGAGGAGUUAGAGCUCCAAGUUUUGGUCAAAAGCCAAAAGUUUCAGAAAAUGAUUUUGAGGAUCUCUUAUCUAAUCAAGGAUUUUCAGCAAAAUCUGAUAAAAAGGGACCAAAGACAAUUGCUGAGAUGAGAAAACAAGAGAUGUCUAAAGACAUGGACCCCUUAAAACUCAAGAUUCUUGAAUGGAUUGAAGGAAAAGAGAGAAAUAUUAGAGCAUUAAUAUCCACUCUUCAUACAGUACUUUGGGAAGGGGAAAAUAAGUGGAAACCAGUCAGCAUGGCAGAUUUAGUGACUCCUGAACAAGUAAAGAAGUACUACAGGAGAGCAGUGCUUGUGGUUCAUCCUGAUAAGGCCACAGGACAACCUUACGAGCAAUAUGCCAAAAUGAUCUUCAUGGAAUUGAAUGAUGCAUGGUCAGAGUUUGAAAACCAGGGAUCAAAGUCCCUUUUYUGAAACUUCACCUUUCACAGAACUGCUUCCAGAAACUGGAGCUGAGCAUUAUGACUUUAUUGCGCCUAAGAUUUAUGAAGCGCUUUUCCAUGAUUUCAGCACAGUUUCUAGUCAUGCACUUAAAUGUGGGGAUGUAUUUUGUAAGAUGUAGAGUACAAAGCAUUACAUAGAUGUAUUAAGAAAAAAGCUGCUGAGUACCUGUAGAAAUCACAGUCUGGGAGUAAAGGUUUCUCUUCAGUUUUGUAAAAGAAAAAUAGAAUUUUAAUGAAGCUAAAUAAUUCCUGAUAGGCUAGUAUUAGUUAUCAAUCAUUCCAACUUAAUUGAUCUUUGCUGUACCUCUACCUUCCCAAAUUUGUCUGUUACUUUGAGUAGUUUUGUGAUUCAGUUUUGAUAUCUGAUGCUUGUCGCCUUCUUCAAAGUGCUUUAGUUAGCAGCAGUGAUUUUGCUUGGCUUAUCUCAAACCUAAGGGUGUAUAUUUUCAUCUGUAUUUUAUAUAACCAAUCAGAUAAUCAUUCUGUAAAUAAUGUUUUCUGGUAAUAUCUAUGUUCCUUACAAGACAGUAACAGUUGUUUGGCCAAAAAAAGACACAACAUGUGAGAAAGUCAGAAAGAGUUGUUCCUGGUUUUUUUUUUUUUACAUAUCAUGAUUCUAAAAAGAAAUUAUGUCUUUAAAGUCUGCAUGUUCCUGAUAUUUUGUUAUUUAUUAUUAAUAUUUGGAAAUACUCUGACCUGUGCUUAUUUUCCUAGUUCUUUGAAAGUCUCUUGCUUCUGAUUUCAGUGGAACAUUCCUUUUCAUUGCACUUCAGAUACUCUGAUAGAAACAAAGUUACUCUGAAACUUGAAACAUAAGCACAAACCUUUUAUUGUGCUUUGAUUUGUCUGAGUAUUAAAUCACUCAUUAUCAUAUGGAGAGCAUUUAAAGUGCUUUAACACAUUUUGCUGCAUGUUUGAACGUCUAUAUUUUUGACAUACGCGUGGCAUCAGAGUAUGUGAAAACAUGGUGUGUUUUGGUGGACUGUUGAAUUUCUGAGUAGAGACACAACUUGGUGACAAAACAUGCCAUGUUUUCUCAUGCCUGUUCAGGAGGCACUUUUUCACUAGUGCUGGGGUGGAUGAUGCACAUGACCAAUGACUGUUAUACUAUGUGUAAUAACAAAAUGCAAUUUUCAUAUCAAGUUUGAAAACAUUGACAAUUAGUGCUGGGAUAUUAAAUGUUCAGCAGCAGUCUCUUGAUACAGUACAGUUGGGCAUUCAAGGGGAUAUUUUGAUCACUUGCCUUUUUGUACAUUUUGCAUGCUUAACUGAGAGGGAAACUGUAUUAUUAGCAGAGGUAACUGUUCAGCUGAGCAACAUCGGAACAGGAAACACGAGAUUCUAAUGCCACCUGAACCAUCCGUGUUGGAUGAGAUUUUCCACUGAUGCACCAGCCUGAAAGCUGAUGGGUUAGAGGCUGCUGAACACUUGCAAUGUCUAGUCUCCAGCUCUGAUACAACACAGUUACUUACUAAUCUCUGAUCAAAGGUUUUGUUUGUGUAUAUUUGCAUAUAUAUUCAGCUGCUGUGAUUUUUUUUUUUUUUUAAAGAUGAAGCUAAGAUCAGUUAUGGAUCAGGAAGGUUAUGUAUUAUUCAUAGCUGCCGUUGUAUUUCAGUUACUGCUUUGAAGCAAUCUUAAAUCUCAGUAGAUKUCUUCAUGAAAGUAUGUAACUUGCUGUCUGAUUUAAAGUAGUAGUUGGUCUUUUUUCCUUUGGACACUUCAUUAAAUCUGUGUAUGUGUUUUGCAUCCAUGGAAAUUAAAGGCUUUUGCUGAUAGGAUAGGUUUGUGGGAGACUGGCGUGGCUCUUUACAGUUCUAGGGCAAAUGGCAAAUGCUAUAGUAACAGGUUUAAAAGGACAGACUGCAGUCCUAUAUACAUUUAAGAGAUAAAGCAUUUCUGAGGGAGUUGCUUCAAGUACAGAAGGAAUGCUUUAAAAAACCACAUUCAUCCAUAUACAGACAAGUUAAUUUUGAGGCAUACAUUUUUAAUUUAUCUUUUCUUGRAAUACAUGUUUCAAAAAUUCAAACAUGAAAAUUGGGUGGAAARCAUCUUCCUCUGCUUUGUACAUUUGGUAGCAUUUUCUGGAUGAUGUCUAUGUUAAUAUUUUUUUAAUUUCUGUACUCUUGCUUGCAAAAUUUUUUUGAAACAUCAGAGAAGAACCUUAGAUGUGAUUUUAAGUAGGCAGGGAAAACAUGAGUGCAAAUACUUUACCUGGAACUGAAGAUCUCUUGAAAUUGGCUUGUUCUUUUUUAAAAUUAUGGAAAAUCAAGAGGUUUGGCUAUGGAUUCUUCCAAGAGCCAGUAGACAAUUACUGUGUCUUCAGACAGAACUGUGCUCAGCUUAUUUUAUGGCUUAGUCAGCUCUGGUUCUCAGUGGGGGAACUGAAUCAUUUCUCUAUCCUACUCCUUUCUACAUUAUUGAAUUUUGCUGCUACGAAUCUGGGAGAGGCUUGGUUUGGUAAAUCAUUGAAUCUUGGCAAUGAAGCUAUUUCAGGUAGAGUGUUUUGGGUUUAUUUUCUUUAACUGUGCUAUUCAUCUGUGUUACAUACAAGAAUGUGCAAACAAUGGGGAUUUCACUAAGAUUCUGUAAGCAAACUGUGAUUUGGAUAUUAAAAAAGGUCAAGUGGUGAAUAUGAACAUAAUAAACUGAAGUUUURUUUUCUGUGGAACGCAAAGGAGCAUGAGGACCAUUAAAGGUGUUUCUUAGUGCAAGGUAUAUAUUAAUUACAAGAACCUGGGAAGAAGGAAGUUAAAGUAUGUUUAAUAAAAGCUUGUAUUGAGUCUUAAUGCAACUUUUAUAAAGGAGGGUCGUUUGGAAACAGUCCAGCCAUUCUGUAUGGAUUAAUCUUAAAACAGUGAUUAAAAGUGGUAGAAAAUUUGGGAGUGAGGGCUUUUCAACCUUUUGUAUGCUUUUUACUUGGUUGUUUAUCUGUCUGCUUUAUGGGCUAGGAGUGCAAAUGAUGAAACAUACAUUUCACUAUAGCUGCAUUCUUAGUGUUCACAAACUGAAAAGCUUUUAGAACCAGCUUCAGAAAAAAUUAUUAAUCAGAGACUUGGCUGGAUUCUCUCUUUGCUUAAAAUGUGUAUUUUCUGGUAAUUGUUCCUUGUACAGUUAAAUUUUGACAUGUUGAAGCCAUGCCCUGAAAACUGGACUUCAUAUCUGCUUCUGCUGGCUAUGAAGCUUGAAGCUGAGGUAGCUGGGUUGUUGACAGCAGGCAACAGGCUUUGCAUGUGGCACUUGAGGUUCUCUUGUGAAGCACCUCCUUGACUCUUGCAGCAAAUCAUGGUGCCUGGUGGCCCAUGUUGGUUGUUCUUGUCUGAAAACAGCACCUGACUAAUGUCAUGCAGUGUUUGCAACCUACCAGGGCUCACUUUCCACAAGUGUGUCAGCUGGCAUGGUUAUUGCAAGAACAAAGGGUAACAGCACAAGAUAGAUUAAAGGAAGAGUAGAGAAGUACACCAGGGCUCUAAAGUGUCUGAAAUACUGUUUUCUAUUUCUCUUUCACUGACCUAUUGCUACCUACCUCUGCUAAAAACAGGUCAAGACUAGCAGGGACAACCUGGUUUGCAGCCUGCUUUUCCAACCGUUUUACAAUGCUGCUGACUGACUGUAGCAGGUGGGAGUAUAAAGUCCUUAGCUUUUUUUUUUUUUCCCCCAGAAGUUUCUAUAAAGCAGGUUUAUGAAAUAAUUGGGCAGGUUUCCAUUAGUUAUUUUAGUUAAAUUGCUUGUGUUACGUUGCUUUUAGAUCUGGGGAGUCCAGCAACAUAACUUUUAAAACAGAGAUCUGUGAAGAAGAAUUGGUGUUCAGAUUGUGUGUGGCUGGAGUCUGCCUAAUAGAGACAAGUGAUGUAUUUGAAGGGUGUUGGAGGAAAUGUCUUCAACCUCAGGCAUGCCUGUUUGAUGUUUCCUAGUCCUGUCAGAGUUCCUUAGGAGCAGGAAAGAUGUUAGUUGUUAGUUAGCCAUAAAGCCUAGAAGGAAAAGUUCCUUGUUAUUUGGGUCAUGUUCAAGUAUUUUGCUAAUCAGUGGUAGCUUCUCCAGCAAGUACAGAACAGAAAAACCUCCAACAGUGCUGAUGAAGUAAGUACAUUUUUUUUGCAACAGUGGCAGAGUCCUUGGUGUUGUAGUUGAUGGCAACAAGUGCUCAUGAAAAAUGCCUUGUUUACCUCCAUUUUCUUGAUAAUUCUGGACAGUUCCUCCCAUUUUGUCUGGCCAAGCAUAGAGCAACAGUUCGUUUGUGAAAGCUAUGUGCACAAGAUUAAUAUUUUGCACAAACCAAAGCAGAGUUUGAGUGUGACAGAAAUCUCAUCGGGCCUUUGAGGCUGCUGGGUUCCAUGCACCAUUCCACCUCCUGAGGCCAGGCUGCAGUUUCCCCAGCAGUGGCAGUGUGUUUGUAUGCUUGCUGGCCGCCGCAUUCUCUGCUGCUCACAGCGUUUCAGGGAUAGCAUAAUUGUGGAAACCUUGUGGCUCCUCAGCUGUGUCCUUAAUUGUCUAACAAUUGCAGUGUCACAGCUGCUUUGUAAAUAAGUUCAAUUUAAUCUUGUAUGAGUCAGUUGAUGUUUUCUGUUAAGAUUUUGCAGGUGAUUGACCUGCGACAGCAGUAAAAGGAAUGUACAUUUCUCACCCUUUGAGCCUGUCCCUGGUGCAGAGCAGCUCUUGCACCCAGAAGCCCAAAGGCAAGGAGCUGAGCUCUGGUUCUGAACUUGAUCCAUCUUGCAGUGCUUGCUUACUCUCUCUUUGGGUGAGCUUAUCGUGGACUGCAGUUUUGACUGCGUUAGGCUUCCAACAUAUGCUCCAAAAAUACGAAUUCAAUAAUUUUUAUGAAGGAUACGUGUUGUCACAGAAGCUUUUAUUACCAAAAGGGGAUUAAGAGGCAUCGUGAGAACUCCCAAAACUCUUUAGUGGAAUGUACUGUAUAUUUGCAAUGUAGAUUUCUAGAAGUGAUUGUCAUCUCUCAUAAGGUCUUGGCUUGCUCUGAGGUCCUUAUUGUAUUUACCUGUAGUUGUGAUUGUACUUUCAAUACCUGUGGGGUUUUUUUUCUGAUUUGGAGUGUGUGUAAGGACAGAGCAGACACUCAAGUCCUGUUUUUGCCAUCUUUCAGGAAAUGCAAUGUACUGUGUAAUUUUGCUACUGGUGAAAUGAAACUUGUACCUGUAUGUAUAUAAGGUAAAACUGUCAAAUUAAGCCUUGUUUAAAAGUAGAUUUAAUGUUUGGUACAAUGUCCUUGAACAUAAUAUUUUGCUUUGAAAUGUAUUACAAUUUAACCAGUGAUCAAUUAA